UUAAAAUUAAAAAAAAAAAUGUUUUAAACAUUUAAAAUAUUUUACGCAUAAAGUAUAAUGAAAAAUAUGCUUUUCAGCAAACUCUACAAGUGGCGGAAGUAGUGAUGUCAUCAAACCAUAUUGAUUAAAUAAUACUUCACCAUCAGCACCAAGCAAAAAUAAUAAAUUCAGUUUAUCUAUUUUAUUUCGCUGACACGGGUUGUGUAAAAGUGCUUGAAUGACAGACUGUCUAACUGACUGACUGGUUGACUCAUUGACUGAAUGUACGUGCAUAUGUAUUGCAAUGAAAUAACAUGAAAUAUAAGUCAGAUAAAAGCAUUUAGGAUAAAAAAACCCACAAGAUGAAGUAAGAGCGGCAAAUUUAUGGUGUUUCAGCACUUGAAUUCCAAUGUUGUUUUUUUUAUUCGACUAGUCGUCAUGUUCUUAAUGCCAAUCACAUUACUACCAACAAGCAAGCAAACAAGACAGAGUACUCGAAAUCCUCUAGAAGAACAAUGAAUCUCACCAGAGGUCCUCCGCAUAUGCCGCAAAAGUGAGAUAUGUUUUGGAAAAUUUAAAAACAUUUCAUUUUCACAUGUAGUUGUUGUAGUAGUACUUUCAAAGGGGGGUUAAAAUAGAAUUCAAUAAAAACCAAAUGUUACUCCAUUGAAAGGCAGCAGCUCAACAAACAGCAGCGCAGCAAUAAAAUAGCAAAUUCCAAAAACCAUCGAAAACAUACAAAAAAGAAAACCAACAACCAAUAAAAGCUAGAGCAAAAAGAAGGCGGUGGAAACAGGACGACAAAAGACAUAGAUAGUAAACAAAGUGCUAGCAAACAAACUCUAGAAAUACAAGAACCACAUUAUGAAAUUCGAAUUCAGUUACAUUGGCUUAAAAUCAAGUUGUAUUGAUAUGAUGUCGUUGUCGCCAUCAUCGUUUUUGUUGAAGUCGUCGUUGUUUUUGUUUUUGACUACAAGCGACAACCGGAUAAAAACAAUAAAAUCUAUCGAAAACAUCAUCAACACUACCAAUUCCAAUGUGUAGCGGCGUCAAAUACUUUCGAAACAAUAUUUACAUCGAGAAAAACAUCUUGUGCUGUUUUCGAUUUGCCACCACAAUAAUUUCCCGCAAAAACUCAAUCUCAUAAAUAACAAAAAUUACAAUUACAAGAACACAAACACGAACAACAACAUCUGCUGCCGCUUCUGUCUUGGUUGUAACGAAAAGAAACAUACAAAAGUACUUCCAAACAACAAAAAACAAUAUCAAAAGUAGUGUAACGGACGGACAGAUUUACAAACAUAUAGCCACUUGUUUAUAUAAAAACAAAAAUCUAAGUUGACGGUAAUUCUAACCCAACGAUUAAAGUGACGUUUAAGCGAAGAGAAAACCUAAGAAAUCUAACGAAAAAAUAUUAGAAUCUUUCAUGUUUUGAAAAUGACAUCCACGGAGGAUAUAAAUUCAACAGCUAUAACAUCUGCCUCAGCGCCGACAUCCGGUAAUUUUAUUGACACAUCACAGGAUGAUUAUUUCCGCCUGUACGAUGCCAGUCUUGAUGAGGAUGGCAAUGGAGCUGACGAUGUUACGAAUUUGAUUGUGGGCAUAUGGAAUCCACAGAACAAUCAAACAAACACAACGACUUCUACGAUGCUGGGGAUGAACGAUGAUGACGAGGCCGCCAUUAAUGAGGCCAAUGAGGUCAUAGCAACAACGUGGAACUCUAGCUCUUCCCCAUCACUGGCUACGUCAGCGACGACGUCAUUGUCCUCACAUACCGCCAACUACACAUCUGCCUCGCUCACCUCAUCCUCGUCGUUAACGCCAACGACAUUAGAUUAUGAUUCGACUGCCUCUUCUAGCCUUAAUUCCACCGAUACAAUAGAAGGCAUGAUAUCAUUGUUUCCAGACACUGACAACGACACACUCGCCCUUAAUAUCAAUUCAACUUUUGCUCAAACAUUGCCCUUAUCAACGUCAUCGUCCGCUUCCGCAUUAGUGUCAGCGUCAUCAUCGUCGGUCAUAGACACAGCGUCACAGGUUUCAGCAUCAGCCGUUAGCAGUUAUGGCGAUGAUGUUGAUAUUGCUUUGAUCGAUAGUGCGGAAACUUUACUCGCGGGCGAGGAUGACUAUGGUAUUGUUGGUUUUAAUGGCGGUGGCGUUGGAGCGAACAGUAUUGGCGAUGAUGAUUUAAUUAACCAAUCACUUGGGGACAUCAGUCAAAAUGAAACAUUUCAUCACUUUACGAAUGGUAAUAUUAUGUUAAGGAGUAGAGCUGAUGGCAGUGAUGGCGAUGAUGGUGGCAGUAGUUUUAUGUUACUUUUAGAAGACUUUGGUGAAUACUUUUACAAUUACAAUGGCAGUAAAAUGGUUUCGGGCACAACAGCAACAACAAAUAGUUUAAAUUUAACCAAUUUUGAUUAUCGAACGAAUUGCACAAACUAUGGCAAUUUAACAACAAAUCUAACAUCAUCCAUGUGUUACGAUGGUCCAACUGAGGUUACCCGAAAUUAUUGGGCACUCAUAUUAAUUGUAUUUCCAAUUUUCACAUUAUUUGGCAAUAUAUUAGUGAUACUAUCUGUGUUUCGUGAACGUUCCUUACAAACGGUUACAAAUUAUUUUAUCGUUUCACUGGCAAUUGCGGAUCUUCUAGUAGCAGUAGUUGUGAUGCCGUUUGCUGUUUAUGCUCUGGUAAACGUUACAUGGAGCUUACCAUACUUUGCGUGUGAUUUUUAUAUAGCCAUGGAUGUGAUAUGUUCCACUUCAUCGAUUUUUAAUUUAGUUGCAAUAUCAGUAGACAGAUAUAUCGCUGUGACACAACCAAUAAAAUAUGCCAAACACCGGAAUAGUCGACGUGUUUGCUUAACCAUCGUCAUAGUGUGGGCAAUAUCAGGCGCCAUUGGUGCACCCAUAGUUUUAGGUCUCAACAAUACACCAGAUCGUGAUCCCAGUCUGUGUAUGUUUUAUAAUACAGACUUUAUAGUCUAUUCAUCGUUAAUAUCAUUCUACAUACCCUGCAUAAUCAUGGUGUUUUUAUAUUGGAGUAUAUUUAAAGCCUUGCGUAGUCGUGCCCGUAAACAACGUGCUGCACGAAAACCUCACAUUUCUGAGCUGACGGGCGGAAGUGUAAUUGAAAAUAUUGCACAAACACGAAGAUUAGCGGAAACUGCAUUGGAUAGCAGUAGGCAGGGUGGUGUACGAAUAAUGCCUGAUGAACCGGCAACGAAUACAGGUUCAGGUUCAAAUGAGGAAGAGGAUGAAAACGCCAUAUCGCCUGACAUUGAUGAUUGCCAUGUGAUUGUCAAUGACAAAUCCACCGAAUUUAUGCUUGCCACCGUUGUGGAGGAGACGGGAAAGCGGUGCAGUGUUGUGGCCCAAAUAACAUCCCAACCACAACUAAUGGUAGCGGAUUCAAAUGGUAAUCAUGAUUCUGGUUAUGCACCAUCAAACGUUGACGAUGUCCUUGCAGGAAUCGCGGAUGACUCAUCACCUCCAGAUAGUCCGGUGGCUAGUGGGACCCUUCAACGAUCGGCCAUUAGUAGUAGGCGUAAUACGGGAGAUGUCUCACCAAAAAGGGAACAUGCUUUAAGUGCUGCCAUGAAACCGUUAUCUUUUAUGCGGUGCGGUGUACAGGAAGCCAUGACGCUGGCACGCAACGAUUCCACCCUAUCAACAACAUCGAAAACAUCCUCGCGCAAGGAUAAGAAAAAUACUCAGGCAUCCAGCAGAUUUACGAUAUAUAAGGUACAUAAAGCAUCAAAAAAGAAACGUGAAAAAACAUCAGCCAAAAAGGAAAGAAAAGCAACAAAAACACUGGCAAUUGUUUUGGGUGUAUUUCUUUUCUGUUGGCUGCCAUUUUUCUCCUGCAACAUUAUGGAUGCAAUGUGUUCAAAAUUCGACAAGGAUUGUAGUCCGGGUAUAACGGCCUUCAUAUUCACCACUUGGCUAGGUUACAUCAAUAGUUUUGUGAAUCCCGUCAUUUAUACCAUCUUUAAUCCGGAGUUUCGUAAGGCUUUUAAGAAAAUCAUGCAUAUAGGGUGAUUAAAAUUCGAAACAAUGUCAUCAACAUGGAGGACGAACAAUAAUACACCUUACCAUAAAAACCAUACUUUACGUUCUCAACUACAAAUCGAUAUCGAAUCAUGGCCUAUUUCUAAGGUACAUUUAUUUAAUUUAAAAUAUUUAUUAUAAAUUUAGUCUGCUCUUACUUUGCUGUGCAACUUUAUUUUCGGUUCUUAUUUUCUAUUUGUAUUAGAAAAUAUAGUCAAAAGACAUGCAAAAUGUACAAUAUAAUUUGUAAAAAAGAAAUAAAAUUAUACUAAAUGAUGAUUGCAUUCAAAUUCAAAAUUGAAUGCAAUUUAUAGUCCGUUAAAGAAAAAAAAAAAAAAAAAUAUGGUAAUUGUGCCAAACUCUAAUGUUCAAACAAAAUAAUAAUUAUAA